GUGUGCGGGGGGCCGGAGGCGGCGGCUGUCAGAGUCGGCUCAGCCUGCGCUGGGGAACAUCGGCCGCCUCCAGCUCCCGGCGCGGCCCGGCCCGGCCCGGCUCGGCUCGGCCACCUCAGGGCCUCGGCCCUGGCCAACGCAGGAGAGGCUGCGUCUUCACGCCACCUCAAGCUCCCCCAUCGGCGCCUCUGUCAGUGAGGGCCCCACCCCUGUCUGGUGGCCUGUGCGUGGCCUGCGGCCUCUGGUGCUGGUACUAGCACUGCUCACCGCUCGCACUGGGCCCAAACCGGUCCACCCAGCUCAGGGAAGGAGCAGACGCCUGCCUGCCCUGGCAGCCAUGAGGCCCCCAUGGUGUCCCCUGCACACGCCCUCCCUGGCUUCCCCACUCCUUCUCCUCCUCUUCCUCCUGGGAAGAAGGGCAGAGGCUGAGGGCCCGGAGGACCGAGAGCUGCUGGUGACGGUGCGUGGGGGCUGGCUGCGGGGCAUCCGUUUAAUGGCCCCUGGGGGCCCUGUCUCUGCCUUUCUGGGCAUCCCCUUCGCAGAGCCACCUGUGGGCCCCCGUCGCUUUCUGCCACCAGAGCCAAAGCGGCCCUGGUCAGGGGUGCUGGAUGCCACAGCCUUCCAAAGUGUCUGCUACCAAUAUGUGGACACCUUGUACCCGGGCUUUGAGGGCACCGAGAUGUGGAACCCCAACCGUGAGCUGAGUGAGGACUGCCUCUACCUCAACGUGUGGACACCGUACCCUCGGCCUGUGUCCCCCACCCCUGUCCUCAUCUGGAUCUACGGGGGUGGCUUCUACAGCGGGGCCUCCUCUCUGGACGUGUACGAUGGCCGCUUCCUGGCCCAGGCCGAGGGCACAGUGCUGGUGUCCAUGAACUACCGGGUGGGAGCCUUCGGCUUCUUGGCCCUGCCAGGGAGUCGGGAGGCCCCAGGCAAUGUGGGUCUACUGGAUCAGAGGCUGGCACUGCAGUGGGUGCAGGAGAAUGUGGUAGCCUUCGGUGGGGACCCAACUUCAGUGACUCUGUUUGGGGAAAGUGCAGGCGCCGCCUCCGUGGGCAUGCACCUGCUGUCCCCACCCAGCCGGGGCCUGUUCCACAGGGCUGUGCUGCAGAGCGGUGCACCCAAUGGGCCGUGGGCCACCGUGGGUGUGGGAGAGGCCCGCCGCAGGGCCACACUGCUGGCCCGCCUUGUGGGCUGUCCCCCGGGUGGGGCUGGUGGCAAUGACACAGAGCUGGUGGCCUGCCUGCGGACACGGCCAGCUCAGGAUCUGGUGGACCACGAAUGGCACGUGCUGCCUCAGGAAAGCGUCUUCCGCUUCUCCUUCGUGCCUGUGGUGGACGGAGACUUCCUCAGCGACACGCCCGAGGCCCUCAUCAAUGCUGGAGACUUCCACGGCCUGCAGGUGCUGGUGGGUGUGGUGAAGGAUGAGGGCUCCUAUUUUCUGGUUUAUGGGGCCCCAGGCUUCAGCAAAGACAACGAAUCUCUCAUCAGCCGGGCCCAGUUCCUGGCUGGGGUGCGGGUCGGGGUCCCCCAGGCAAGUGACCUGGCUGCCGAGGCUGUGGUCCUGCAUUACACAGACUGGCUGCACCCUGAGGACCCGGCGCGCUUGAGGGAGGCCAUGAGUGAUGUGGUGGGCGACCACAACGUGGUGUGCCCCGUGGCCCAGCUGGCUGGGCGACUGGCCGCCCAGGGUGCUCGAGUCUAUGCCUACAUCUUUGAACACCGUGCAUCCACACUCUCCUGGCCCCUCUGGAUGGGGGUGCCCCAUGGCUACGAGAUCGAGUUCAUCUUCGGGCUCCCCCUGAAGCCAUCGCUGAACUACACCGACGAGGAGAGAACCUUUGCCCAGCGACUGAUGAGAUACUGGGCCAACUUCGCCCGCACAGGGGAUCCCAAUGACCCUCGGGACCACAAAGCCCCGCAGUGGCCACCGUACACGGCGGGAGCCCAGCAGUACGUGAGCCUGAACCUGCGGCCGCUGGAGGUGCGGCGAGGGCUGCGCGCCCAGGCCUGCGCCUUCUGGAACCGCUUCCUACCCAAAUUGCUCAGCGCCACCGACACUCUGGACGAGGCGGAACGCCAGUGGAAGGCCGAGUUCCACCGCUGGAGCUCCUACAUGGUGCACUGGAAGAACCAGUUUGACCAUUACAGCAAGCAGGAUCGCUGCUCAGACCUGUGACCCAGGCGGGACCCCCACGACCCCCUGCCCUGCCCGCCAGCCCCCCAGCUGUAUAUACUAUUUAUUUAAGGGCUGGGAUAUAACAGGAUCCCUAGACCUUGCCCGCCCUCUCACCCCGACUUUCCCCCAGGGCUCCCUGCCCUCUGCAUGUCUCGGGCCGAGCCCCCUCCCCCGCGGUGCCUUCGCCCCUUUGGGCUGCCAAUAAACUGUUACAGCCA